AUGAUAUCAAUAAAUUCGUUUUCACCUGAAAAUAUGAUUUAUGCUACUAGAUUAGCAGCAGCUACAUCAAUUUCUCCAACAAUAAGCUCUAAUAAUUAUAACCAAGCCGCAACAUUCUCUACAAAUGUUAACAAUUCAACAAUACCUACAAAACCCGUUAAUACUACUUAUUCAUAUAGCGGUCCACCAAAAAGUUAUUAUUCGAGGCUGCCACUAUAUGAUCGACCCUUCAAAUGUGACGAGUGUCCUCAAAGUUUUAAUCGAAACCACGAUUUAAAACGCCACAAGAGAAUCCACCUCGCGGUAAAACCAUUCCCGUGCGAAUUCUGCAACAAAGAAUUCAGUCGAAAAGACGCUUUGAAACGACAUAUGGUCGUCAAAGGAUGUGAUAAGAAAUCACAAGCAACUUCUUCCACUGGCGUCGUCACCAAUAAUAAUAGCAAUAAGACCGCUACUAGUAGCAAUGCAUCCAAACCCAAUAAAAAAUUAAAAACAUCUUCGACAUCGUCAAUUUCUUUAUCAACGAAUAUUAACAACAACAAAAAUAACAAAUUAAACGACAAUUAA